ACUAUAACGUUGUCGAUAUAGAGAGUAAUAAUAGAAAACAAACACUUAAGAGAAGUUGUUGGAUGAAAAGAAAACAAAGAUAUUGUACGCAUAUCGUUACUUGUAUAAUCACAUUAUAAGAGAAUUAUCGUUAUUACACGUAUAUAAUAUAUAUAUAUAUAUAUAUGUGCGUAUGUAUCUGUACAUGCAUAUGUAUAUAUAUAUAAAGAGAAAAUAUAAAACGGACGGUAUAAAAGCAACGAUACAGUAAGAAAGCACCGGAACACGCGAUAUGCAAUUCGCGGAAGUUCGAUAACGAACUUGGUACGCUUCGCUCGACUAACGUCUGAACAGCAGCGAGUUUCUCGAGGAACUAGUCCUUCCAAAGUUUACGAAGAGAAGACUGUGAACUUGACACGCGGUACUACGACCUUCUCAUCGUCAACAAAUCAGACGCACAAUAAAACUUGUCUCUACUCGUCAGGACGACAACAGUGAAUAACACAUACAUAUGUACACAUACGUAAAUAUAAACAACGAUUAGCUCAUCGUUGUUAUUCAAUAUCAAUACUAAGAAAAAUCUAGUUUAUCGAGACGAACCAUUUAAAGAAUAUUUUCAAUGAGCUCAAUGUCAACAAUAAAGGCAAGUCAUCUCCUUUAAUAUGAUCGACCAUAAUGGAGGACAAUCGGUCAGAAGUGCGAAGACAAAAGGUCAAGGGGUAUAGCGACUUGGUGGAGAAAUUUAUUGUCUGUUGGCAAGAUCGUACCGAAGAAAAAAAUAAUCACGAUACCAUCGUUAAAAAUAAAUCCAAUAAACGAACGAAAAUCGAAUCGAUCAUGUCGAAGCAACUUGCCAAUCGUGCCAUACCGAUGGAUCUGCAAACGUCAUCGAACUUUCAUGAACUUGCUUCCUUUCCUACAAAUCUGACCAACGGAGUAAAGUCUCCGGAAAAUGCCCGCUUUCAACAGAAGCAGCUGCAGGAGAAGGAACAGAAAUUACUGCAGCUUUACGACCAACAACAGCAGAGGGCAUAUCAGGUGGCACAAAGAGGCAGCUCAGGAUCGAAUGGCUCUGGCCAAGGGAGCUCAACGGUUAACCACCAUCACCAGAUUGUUACAAGGACUUCUUCCUCCGGUCACAUGACCUCGACCUCGCAAGCUACCAAGGUGAAGCAAGUAUUCAACGAUCGACGACAGACGAACGUCAAAGGCAUCGACAGAAGUUACCCCCUCGAGCCACUUGACAAUAAAACGAGAAAGCAACCGAUAAGCAAUGGCAUCGGCAAUUCGAGGAACAAUGGUUUGACCGUCAAUCGACAAUCCAUUACUGUAAAACGCGUAACGCGUUCCGACGUAAACAGCAAUGUUAACGAUGGCAAACCUAUCGUUUCUUAUCACGAAGAGAUCGCAAGGGAAUCAUCAUCUUCGCGUGACGUACCUUCGAACGAGUCACGUAAAGAGGACGACGUGGAAGUGUUCGGUAACGAAAAUCGUACGACUCAUUACGUUAAUGGAAAUUAUCCUGAUCAGAUACAAAUCCGAGAGAUCAUGGACGAGGACACGAUUCAAAGAAAUCGAAUGAUGGCGAAGCUACAUUUGAUGCAAUACGACGAGACGUUGAAGUAUCGCGUUAAAAAUGAUCUCGAGAGCGAAGAAUUUCCGGAAGAUCUCUUGGUCGAAGUAACCGACAAAGUACCGAAGAGAACUGUCAGCAAGAAGUUAUCUCAAGCCGAGGCACGCUUGGAACGAUUCAAGAAUAUGAAUGCCAAACGAAAUAAUGCUAGCAAACUUUCAAAUUCGACGACUACAGGGGGCAAGAAACGAUCGGAACCAUUGCUCCCAGCACGAACGACUUCGAGAGACGGCAGCAAUGGCGUAACGACGAGUGCAACGACCACGAAGACGAAAACAGGACAUGUCAGGGAGAAACGAUCGAAUAAGUCUAAAACUGAAAAAACUAGAGUAAAAUACGGUCAAGAGCCAUUUGAAAAAUCGAAGACAGAGGAAGCUAAAUCGAAGAAAAUACGAUACGAUAGAAAAACCGGCACGUCUGCGGGAAGCUCCAUAUUUCAAAAGAGAAAAGCCGAUGUCCCUACCGUAGACGAAACGAUAUAUCGUAGAGAUAGCCCAAGAUUCUUUUCUAAGGAAUCGGAGAAAUCUGCUACGAAGAUAUCUAUCGAUACGUUGGACAUCUCGACGCGUACAUCGAAACCUUCCUCGAAUACGAAACGACCAGUCGCCAGUCCAAAAGUUUUUCUUAGAAAACUCAACAAUUUUCCCAUCGCUCGAAGCAACAACGAUAAACGUUCUUACAAAAGAGAAGCAUCCACUUUUUCGCCUUAUCGUAGACGAUCCGAAAGUUCAACCACGACAAGCGUGGAAUCUAAACAUAGUCCUUCUCCGGAAUUAAUCAGUAUCGUAGAAAAACGUGAUACAAGUCCUGAAUUUUUCUGCGUUGAAACUGAAAAAUCCGCUACAACGAUGAGUCUUAAACCAAGACGAAAGAGUACCGACGAGGACAAACGCGAUGGUAUCAUCUCGAGUAAAGAUUUUCAAUCGAAUAUGUUUGAAAAGAUGAUCGCCAAACAAAGUCCAUCGUAUUUAAAACUGGAACGUAAAAUUCGUAAGUCAUCAGAUAGUUCCGAUAUUUCUAACAAGAGUUUCAACUUCGAAUUAAAGUCACCAAGAGAUUCGAUAAAUAAUUUACGAUCUAUACAACUUAUUCGUAACGUUAUGAAAAGACAAAAUGCGGGACAAGAAGAUACGAAGGAUCAAAAUCGUUCAAAAAUUGAUUCGAUAAAAUAUUCCAGUAUUUCGUCGAAAACGAAGGAGAACAAGCGAGACGAUAGUAAAGUAUCAGUCAAUAAAAAAUCUCCCGUUGAUACUAUUAAAAAAUCUUUUCUUAAAAUAGAUCUGAAAGAUACUACCGAUUUAAAGAACGCAUCAAGUAAUCGCGGACGUAAACUUUCGUUAAAGACUACCGACACGAAUCUACAAUCAAGUCCAAAGAGUCCAAAGAGUCCAAAAAGCACGAAAAGUUUCACGCCGACCGAAGUAGAUACCGAAAUUCAAGAAAUUACGAUGACCGAUCAACACAUGCGUUACGACGAUAAUACGUCCAAAAGGAAAGAAAAAAAAGAUAUUAAAAAAUUGAUGACGGACGAAACUUAUUCGAAGUCGAGUGGGAAAAAGUUAAAAAAUAGCGACAAGAUAAGAUCGGCAAAUCUCUUUACUUAUCCCAUUCGCAGAGAAGGUAAAAAAAGGAAUUCCGUAUUAGAGUCGAAUAUAUUUCAUCGUACGAACGAAACCGACGAAGUUCAAACGUUUCAGGAAAGUAAUCGAUCAUUAAACGAAAAGUCAUGGAAAAAACAAGAGAUAGAAAGUAUAGAUCUGAAAGGUUUGACGAGUUCGAAGUCGAGCAAAAGGCAUUUGUCCAAGAACGAGAAGAUAAUUGUUUCUGUUCCUAAACGACGAAACAGUAAAGAUUUGAAAGCCAUUAAAAAUGAAUCUUUACGAUCGAAAACUUCGUCGCUUUGCUCGAACGAGGACAGAAUGUCGAAGAAUCGAAGUACUAAUGUAAGUUUGAAAGACAUAACUUUCGAUGAAUCGAGGAAGGAAAUUCGAGAGAGAAGUACCUCCCCUUUAUACAAACGAGUUCUUCAAAGUCCGACGGAACAAAUUAAAAGUGAAGGCGCGAAAGAAGAAUUGCUACGAUCUACCGAACUUAUACGACGCGUAAUAAAGGCUCAACAUUCUGAUAAGCAAGAAAUGAGUAACUUGAAGUUUACAGAAUCAGUUACAAAAAAUGAAUCCAACGAUAUAUAUUCCAAUAGAAUUUUGAUGAUAUCGUCACCGACAAAUACAAAUUACUAUGGAAGAACCGAUUCCAUAGAAUCCGCUCUCAAACGUUUCGAUUCGAUCGGUGCAGAAUCUGAAUAUCAAGACACGAUAGGACGUGAUUGCGUGGACGGUAUAACGCACGAUUUAUCAUCUAAAAUCAAUGUCGAAAAGAUAUCAACGACGAUCUCGAGCGAGCCGAAAGAAUCUAUAAAAACAAAAGCAAGGAGCAAAAGGUUAGAAUCAUCGCAAGUUAAAAUGGAUCGAUCGAAAUUUGAUUCUAAAAGGAAGAAUACAAACGGUAGCAUACUUAAGAAAUCUCCAGGUCAUUCGAGAAAAAUACUUUUAACGAAGAUAGAUUCUUUACGGGAAGGUCGUAUUAAAGGAAAGAAAAUAGCGGAAGCGAAAGACUCGAUGAAGAUUGCUCGAACUCCAAAAUCACGAUCUCCAAUUUGCAAACGCAAACUUUUUCACGAUCCGGGUUUUGAAAAAGAAAACGAGCGUGUGUGUACUAGCUCCGUAAACUAUCCGUUUCACAAACAGAAAACAAAUGAUUUUCUUAGGAGAUCCAUGGAAAUUUCUACGAGGGAGAAUAAAAAAAAACACGAAGAGGAGGAUUGUACGCUUCUAGUAAAGCCAUUACGUUCUAUCGAGGACAUACGAAAAUCCAUCCUAUCUGAUAGUAGCGGAACGACGGUAGUAGCAUUGACACAAAUAACCAAUAUCGAUCCCGCGAGACAAGCCGAAAUGGGGUCAGCGAUUGCAAAUGAAAUUUUAAAGGCUUCGACGAAGUCCGAAAGGCAGUCGCGAAUUGUCGUCGACAGUGACCCUCUAAAUAAAAAAAGGUUUCCUUCGAACGAUCGAUCGAAGAAUAAUUCUCACCUACGAGAUUAUGGAAAGAUUUUAUCUAAGAACUCGAUGCGUUUUGGUAGGAUUACGAAAAGUCCGAGUCCCGACUCGACAAAUUCGAAAAAAUCUUCGGAUAACGAUUGUCGUACGAUCGUGACUAGAAGAAGCGUUCCUUCCUCACCUUCGAAGAGUCCAGAUAUUUUACCUAGACGUGUCUCGACCGAGUCUAAGACUCAAGAAACGAAGCCAUCGAUAAAAGCGAGCUUCGUGAAAGCUUCGGAUUCGAUCACGUCUAAAAGAUCAGCGACGAGAGCGGAUGUUCCUAACGUCUUUCAGAACGGUUUACAUUUGCAGGAACAGAUCGUCGAAAGGAAGGAACAAAACGAUGUACCGAAGAAAUGUCAGGCGUUUACGAUCGACUUCGAGGAACGAUCGUUCUCGAAGAGUAACGAUAGUACGGAUUCCAAAAGGCCAUUGGCCAAAAAGCAAUCGAUGGAAAAACAGCAAACAUCAUCGGCCACAUCGGGGAGACCGACGUCCUCGACCUCGUCCGCUUCCAGCGGCAAUACAACGCAGGCUCACAUUUCCAACUCGAAAGGAAGAAUGGCUACGAGAGCGAGGACUCCGAUCAGCGCUUCACCAACCUCCAAAGGACAUUCUGCUAAAGGUGGAACCAGUCAAAAUACCACAGAGAACCUUAUCGCCUGCAAGGUGUGCGGACGUCGAUUCGCUCAAGAUCGCGUGAACCUCCAUGAGCAGAUAUGCGCGAAAACUAUGCAAAAGAAAAGGAAACAAUUCGACACGACCAUGUACAGAGUUAAAGGGACCGAAUUAGAAUCAUUCGUAAAGAAGAGCUCCAAGAAAAGCGAUUUGAAACCGAAGAAGCCAGAGGUGAAGUCGAAUUGGCGACGUAAGCACGAAGAGUUCAUAAAUGCGAUUCGCUCGGCGAAGCAAGUUCAGGCACAUCUGGCGGCAGGUGGACGAUUGAGUGACCUUCCACCACCACCGGUCAGCGACACCAGCGACUACAUUCAAUGUCCGCAUUGUGGCAGGAAGUUCAACCAAGCGGCAGCGGAGCGUCACAUUCCGAAGUGCGAGCACAUGCUGCACAACAAGCCCUCUUCACGUCCACCACCACCACGACCGAGGCGUUAACCAACUCGACCAUUCUUCCUUCUUUACAUCCCUUUUAACCCUUUCCAUCGGCUCCAUUUUUCUAUCGAUCGAGGAUAAAACGGAAAGAGGACGUUCCGAAUAAAGAAAAGAGCUUACUAAGAGUCCACCAAAUCAUUCCUAAAUCGAAUUUAACGUUUAAUCCGUUCUAUACUCGAUCCCUUUCACGCUUACCGUCUCUAUCUCGCGUAUAAUUUUAUACACACUUUUUAUUUUCUUUUUUCUAAUAUAACAUCCUCUCUAUGAUCAAUAAUAAUAAUAAUAAUAAUAAUAUUAUUAAUAUUAAUGAUAAUGAUAAUAAUGGUAAUAACAACGACAACAAAAACAACAACAACAAUGAUAAUGAUGAUAAUAAUAAUAAUAAUAAUAAUAAUAAUAAUAAUAAUUGUAAUAACAAAGAACACUUUAAUUAUUAUUUUCAAUUAUUAUUUGAUUAUAUUUACGAUGAUGAUGUGUACGAGAUAAUAAAGGCGCGUAUUCGUGUUAUUAUCGUGUUACGUAUGUAAUUGUAUUUCGUUUCACGAUCAUCGAUCCAUACCACUUACUCGUUGAUUUAUCAGUCAUUCUUUUAUCUUCGUGAGUAAAUUCUUUAUCGUGUCGCUUACAAAUAUUCUAGUAAAAUGCUUACUCCUUCGUGUCAACGUGUGUAUAUAUAUAUAUACACACACACACACAUAUGUGUAACGUGUUAUAUUUAAGUUGCGUUCCAAUUAUCUUCGGUGAUAUUUUUAAUGCCAAGAUACAUAUAUACGAGUAUAUCUAGUUAUUUUCUCGUUACACGCGUAUCGAUAGAAAAUGCCAAGUGUCAUUUUUUUUCUAAUGCAAUUUUAAGUAACUCAAUGAUUUCAUUAACACUAAAAAAUUAACAUUACUCACGCUGGAAUUUCACGUUAUACGACUUUUUUUUUUCUUUUUUAUAAUAUGCGUUAACGAAUGAAGAAAAAAAAAUGAAAAGAAAAAAAUGUUAUACUUUUAUACAAUUGCUAUUAAUCGUAUGUCGGAUUUGAUGUAUUGUUUAAAUAAAAAUAAAAUUUUUUAUCGAUA